GGCGGAGUGUGUUUCUGGUAAGGCAGAGCACAGAGGAACACGUAAGAUUUGAUCACGCAAGGUCGUGUCCCCAGCUUCGGGGUUGAGAUUUCUUAUUUUAGGGCAAAGAUGAUGUCCUUAGCCCCUCGUCCCGGGGCUCUUGCCCCGUACUUGCAGGCGGCAAAACUCUCAGUUAAAAGCCUGGUUUCCCCCGGAGCCAAGGACUCGAUGUCCGCUGCUGCUCCUGGGGCGAUCCGUCUUGCCCACACAGAUAUCAAGAUUCCCGACUUCACAGAUUACCGUCGCCAGGAGGUUACCGACGCCAACAAGUCCUCCAAAGAAAGCGGUGAGGGAAGAAAGUCAUUCUCGUACCUCGUCACUGGAGUGUCCACUGUGGUUGGUAUCUAUUCAGCCAAGACCGUGGUCUCCCAGUUUGUCUCCUCAAUGAGUGCAUCAGCAGACGUCCUGGCCUUAUCAAAGAUCGAGAUCAAGCUCGGCGACAUCCCUGAAGGCAAAAACAUGACAUUCAAGUGGAGAGGAAAGCCCCUGUUUGUCCGUCACCGCACAGAGAAGGAAAUCGCUGCAGAGGAGGCUGUGAAUAUCGCGGAGCUGCGUGACCCCCAGCACGACAAAGAUAGAGUGGUUAACCCCAGCUGGGUCAUCGUCCUUGGUGUGUGCACCCAUCUGGGUUGUGUGCCCAUCGCCAACGCCGGAGACUACGGAGGCUACUACUGCCCUUGCCACGGCUCACACUAUGAUGCUUCAGGAAGAAUAAGAAAGGGACCCGCUCCUCUGAACCUGGAGGUUCCCUACUAUGAAUUCCAAGAUGACAUGGUUGUGGUGGGAUAAACACUGGAACUCUGUCUCUGUAAUAUGUAUAAAAUGGCUCUAUGUGAGAGCUAAGGGUGACAAAACAUGUAUUUACAAAUAAAGACAUAUUCUCUGA